GAUGUGUCUGGUGAUCUGGUCGGUCUUUUACUUUCUUGAGAAAGUGAGAGAGAGAGAGAGUGAGAGAGAGAGAGAGAGAGAUUGUGCGUGCGUGCGACUGUGUGCAGGACAGUUGCUUCGACCUGCCAUGCCAAGGUUAUUUCUCGACGAUACGACAAACCACCUGUUGCGGCUGUUCCAAGAUAGACACAUCCAUGGCGUACCAGAUUCCCGACUGACUCCACCUUCUUCUCUACUUCCCUACAUCAAGAUCUCUCUUUGAUUUCUACCCCAACUCGCAUUCUUCUUUACUCUGGAAUCUGAUGGGUGGUUCCAGAUUCCUCUCCCACCAGCUUAGUAAUGGCCUCUAUGUAUCAGGAAGACCAGAACAGCCUAAAGAAAGAACACCAACAAUGGUUGCUGCUGCCAUGCCCUAUACCGGUGGUGAUAUUAAGAAGUCAGGAGAGCUUGGAAAAAUGUUUGAUUUACCACCAGAUGGCUCUAAAUCGAGAAAAUCUGGACCCAUAACUGGUCCUCCUUCAAGGACAGGAUCUUUCGCUGGUGUUGCUUCACAUUCUGGACCAAUUUCUAGUUCAGUAAAGAAAACCAGUUCUGGUCCUCUGAAUAAACAUGGAGAACCUCUUAAGAAGUCUUCUGGACCUCAAUCCGGAGGAGUUACUCCAGUUGUUCGACAAAAUUCAGGCCCAAUACCCUCAGUUUUGCCUACAACAGGGCUCAUUACUUCUGGACCAAUCUCAUCUGGCCCUUUAAAUUCUUCUGGGGCUCCAAGAAAGUUUUCGGGGCCUCUAGACUCCAUGGGAUCAAUCAAAUUGCAUAGCUCUUUGGCUCAUAACCAGACUGUGACUACUCUCAACCAAGAUGAUGACUAUUCAUUUAAAAGGAACUUCCCAAAACCAAUUCUAUGGGCAAUGAUUUUGCUAUUUGUGAUGGGGUUCAUUGCAGGUGGAUUUAUUCUUGGAGCUGUUCGCAAUCCCAUUCUACUCAUUGUUGUUGUCAUUCUUUUUACUUUGGUUGCCGUGUUGUUCACAUGGAAUACUUGUUGGGGAAGGAAUGCUAUUGUAGGAUUUAUUGACAGUUAUCCAGAUGCUGAGCUUAGAACUGCAAAAAAUGGGCAAUUUGUCAAGGUUUCUGGGGUUGUGACAUGUGGGAAUGUGCCUUUGGUAUCAUCCUUCCAAAAAGUUCCUAGGUGUGUUUACACAUCUACGUCUCUGUAUGAGUAUCGUGGAUGGGACUCAAAACCUGCCAACCCUAUGCACCGGUGCUUCACUUGGGGGCUUAGAUCAUCAGAAAGGCAUGUGGUUGAUUUCUACAUCUCUGAUUUCCAGUCUGGCUUGAGAGCAUUAGUUAAGACUGGUUAUGGUGCUAGGGUGACCCCUUAUGUGGAGGAAUCUACAAUUGUUGAUGUCAAUCCUUCAAAUAGGGAUCUAUCUCCUGAACUUGUGAGAUGGUUGUCUGAAAGGAACCUUUCAAGUAAUGAUCGAAUUAUACGAUUGAAAGAAGGGUACAUAAAAGAAGGAAGCACGGUGAGUGUGAUGGGAGUUGUACAAAGGAAUGACAAUGUCCUAAUGAUUGUUCCGCCACAAGAGUCCAUUACAACGGGUUGCCAAUGGGCUAAAUGUACACUUCCAGCUAGCCUCGAAGGUAUCGUUUUGAGAUGCGAGGAUGCAUUAAAAGUUGAUGUUAUACCCGUCUAGUCUAAUCUUAGUGUGUAUAAUGAAACCAUUUAAGUGUUUUCCCAUGGGUGGUGUGUUGUUAAAUUAGAAUGUUCUUCCUUACCAACAUGAUUAUAUAAUAGAACAAAUGGGAUCUUAUAGCUAUUUGAUGGCUUAAUUGUAUUUUUUUUAUAUCAUCAUCAUCAUCAUCAUUAUUUCUGUGUACAAAGAGUAGUUCACAAUUUGAGAUUUUCAUCUUUUGUAUUUGGUGGAUUUUGUUUGAGAGUUUAUCUUUGAAUGGUUUAGGGAUUGAUUGAUUUUGUAAAACUUCAGUGUAUUUGGUGUUGUGGAUGAUCCUUUCUCUUUUCUA